UUUUCAGAGAUUAUAUUAGAGUAAAGAAUAUGUAUUAUAAUGAAUUAUCAUUUAGCAAUGUAUUAAUUAAUAUGAAUGAAGAAGAAAUUAAAGAUUAUAAUACAGGCAUAGGUGCAUGUUUUGACAAG